CGUUCAAACUUCAAAUCCCCAAACCAAAAAUUUCACCAACACUCCCUCUCUCAUUUCAAAUUUAUUCCACUGCAAAACACUUUGAAAGCGAUCUUCCAUUGCUGAAGCUGCGAGGUUUCAAUCCACAGUAAUCACCAAGCUGGGAUCUGGAAAACAACCCUUUACUCUCUCUCUCUCUCUCUCUCAAACUCACACACAGAGUGUAAUUGUUUUGGGGACUGGAGGUACAUUGACACUUUGCAGAUAUCCCUCAAAUUGUUUGUUUUCUUCUAUUCCGCUGCUCGAAUCACCGUCUUCAGUUCUAUUCUUUUCGUCCCCACACAUAAGGAAGAGGAAGUGGAAUUGGAAACUGACUCAGUCAUUUCGUCGAACACGACAUGAGCAAUUAAAUUUACGCUUUAUUGGAUGGUUGCGGAUGUGGUCUGGCGUUUUUCUCCUGGGAUCUGCCGCACUGUCUCCGAAUUUCGCCGGUGAGGCGGAGGUUGUGCUAGGGUUUUUUCGCAUUUUGAUUUCCACUUUCAAAGUUAGGAAAUGACUACCACCACCAAACGUGCUUACAAGCUACAGGAAUUUGUAGCUCAUUCUGUAAGUGUAAACUGCCUAAAGAUUGGAAGGAAAUCAUCAAGGGUUCUUGUGACUGGAGGAGAAGAUCACAAGGUCAAUCUCUGGGCUAUUGGCAAGCCGAAUGCCAUACUGAGUUUGUCCGGCCAUUCCAGUGGAGUAGAUUCAGUUAGCUUUGAUUCAUCGGAGGUUUUGGUUGCUGCUGGAGCAGCUAGUGGUACUGUUAAGCUUUGGGAUUUGGAGGAGGCUAAGAUCAUACGCACCCUCACUGGUCACCGCUCCAAUUGCAUAUCCUUGGACUUUCAUCCCUCUGGAGAGUUCUUUGCAUCUGGUUCCCUGGACACAAAUCUCAAAAUAUGGGAUCUCAGAAGGAAGGGGUGUAUACACACUUACAAGGGUCAUACUCGCGGAGUUAACGCGAUUAGGUUUACUCCCGACGGGCGGUGGGUUGUUUCUGGUGGAGAGGACAACACUGUGAAGCUAUGGGAUUUAACUGCUGGAAAGCUUUUGCAUGAUUUUAAAUGUCAUGAAGGCCAAGUUCAAUCCAUCGAUUUCCAUCCGCAUGAGUUUUUGCUGGCAACAGGCUCAGCUGAUAAAACUGUAAAAUUCUGGGAUCUUGAAACUUUUGAGCUGAUUGGAUCAACUACACCUGAGACCUCCGGAGUACGCUGUAUGACCUUCAAUCCUGAUGGGAGAACACUGCUUUGCGGCUUGCAUGAGAAUUUGAAAGUUUUCUCGUGGGAACCAAUAAGAAGUCAUGAUACUGUAGACGUGGGCUGGUCUAAAUUAUCAGACAUGAAUGUCCAUGAAGGAAAGCUUCUAGGAUGUUCUUAUAAUCAGAGUUGUGUUGGAGUUUGGGUUGUAGACAUUUCGCGGACUGAACCAUAUGCAAUUGGAAAAACUGCUCGAAUAACUGGUGAUACUGAUGCAAAAUCGAAUUCUAGUGGUUCAUCAGACGAUAAUGUGAAGGCAAAUUUGGGCAGGCUUUCUAUUUCAAAUAAUGCUGAUCCGGUGAAGGAAACCAGAUCUCUCACGAGGCUCUCUGUCCCACAGAAUUCAGAUAAGGAUUCUAAAUCAAGUGCAUCUACUCUGAGCACUCAUCAAAAGUCAAAUAUCAGUGUUGUUCCAAAGACAAUGCAGAUUAAUGCACCAGCAGUUUCCAGUGCAACAAAUCCAAAGCGGCAAGCUGCAAAGCCCCAAUCAGUAGCGAAUAUCUUAUUCAACAGAUCUGAUGUAAUACCUGUGAUUGUGCCAAGAAAUAAUCCUAGAGCUGAGCAAGUUACAGAAUUUAGAAAAGAAGAUGGUCCAGUUAAGGCUGCACCUUUACAUUUAUCCAAAACUUCUGAUGUUCGUAAAAUUAUCAACACCAGAGAUGUUUUGGAAAGAACAAAUGUUCCUACUCAGUCUGAUAAUGAGCCCCCAAAGUCUAUGGAUUCGAAUGCCCCGGAUACAACUUUUAGUACAUCAGUCAAGAACUCAAUUAGUGGACUUGUUGCAGACAGAAAAGCCAGAGAUGAUAAACCUAUGAUUUCAAGAAGAAUUGAUACAAAUGCUGCUAUUGAUACCCUUGUCAGAUAUCAACAUGAAAGUUAUGAAUUUCGAGGAAAUAAUAUGAGUACGGAGGCAUCUCAUGUAGAAGGUCAAAGAGGAGGUAGAACACAUCUGAUUCUCUCAAACUGGGAACAGAAAGGAAGAAAUUCUUACCGUCCUGGUCUUGCUUCUGGAAAUAUCUCUGGGAGAUUAAAUGCUAGAAGCUAUCCUUCACCUUAUGAAAACGAGUCGGUCUCAGCCAGCGAUGAAGAUACUAUUGCUGAUUUAAUAGAACGACAUGAUCAGUUUGUUGGCUCAAUGAGAUCUCGAUUAGGAAAACUGCAGGUUGUCCUUAACUACUGGCGGAGACAUGAUAUUAGAGGGGCUCUUAGUGCAAUAAGCAAAAUGGGUGACCAAAGUGUGCUUGCUGAUGUCAUGAGCCUUUUGGCAGAAAAAACUGAUGUUGUCACAUUAGAUAUUUGUUCAUGUCUUUUGCCACUCCUGACGGGACUCGUGGAAAGUGAUAUUGACAGGCAUCAAGAUAUUGCAUUGGAUUUGCUCAUAAAAUUGGUGAGAGUAUUUGGUUCUGUGAUUUACUCUUCACUGUCGGCGCAUGCACCUGUUGGUAUAGACAUCGAGGCGGAGCAAAGGAUUGAGCGCUGCAAUCUCUGCUAUGUGGAACUUGAGAAAUUAAAAUGCUCCCUUCCUGCUCUUUCAAGAAGAGGAGGUAAUAUUGGCAAGUCAGCACAGGAACUGAAUCUGGCGCUGCAGGAAAUUUCUUGAGUGUCUAAUGUUCACAACAUAUGGGCACUAUACUGACAGGUGCAUACGGUUUUGCUUUAUGGGGACUGCAGAUUCUGGAUCCGUGGAAGUGCCGUCAUUUGGUAUGCUUGAAAGAUGAAAGUGCUGGCAACUCGUGUAAAUUCGUGCUCAGUGGGAUUACUGACCCGAUUCUUUAUCUUAACUUAAAGUUAGGCAUGGACAACCCUUGUGGCUGCCACUCAAAACAAUUAGUGGCUGAAGCCUCAUCAGUGGAAGCAGAUCCAUUCUUACUGCUUUGUUGUCUUAACCUGAUUGUCAACUUGGUAUUCUCGAGUGAAGUUGAUGAAUUGAUUGUAGUUUAGAGAGAGUUGUACAAACGUGAUUGCUGUUUAAGGUAGUGUAGCUCUUUGUUAUGGAAUGAGCUAUGCUCCAAUUGAAAGGGCACAUAGCUAGUUUCUUUGUAUGAUGUAAGAGUGUUUUGGUAAUGCCAGUGUUUUGACAUCUAUUUUUGCGGUUACCACUAAGAAAGAUCUGCUGUAUCCUCGAGCAAUUACUUUUACCAAUCUUCUAUAUAAAUAGUGCUUUAUUGGUCGAUA